AUGGCCUCCCGCACAUUCUCCAGAGCUCUUCGCUCCCCAUUGGCAAAGCAAUUAAGUGCUCCAGCCCGUCGCACCUUCGUUUCUGCCCUCAAUGCCUCUGCCAGACCUACUGCUGCCCGCGCAGCUGUUGCGUCUGCUCAGCAGGUCAGAGGUGUAAAGACCAUUGAUUUUGCCGGUGUUAAGGAGGAUGUCUACGAGAGAGCUGACUGGCCUCCUGCCAAACUCCAAGAGUUCUUCAAGAACGACACAAUGGCAAUUAUCGGAUACGGCUCCCAGGGCCACGCGCAGUCCUUGAACAUGCGUGAUCAAGGUCUUAACGUCGUGGUCGGUGUACGAAAGAACGGACAAUCGUGGAAGGAUGCUCAACAAGAUGGCUGGGUUCCUGGAAAGACUCUCUUCGAGGUCGACGAGGCUAUCUCCAAGGGUACCAUCAUCAUGAACUUGCUUUCUGAUGCUGCCCAAAGCGAGACCUGGCCAGCAAUCAAGCCCCAGAUCACCAAGGGAAAGACCCUCUACUUCUCUCACGGUUUCUCCCCAGUGUUCAAGGACCAAACCAAGGUCGAUGUUCCAACUGAUGUCGAUGUCAUCCUCGUUGCUCCCAAGGGAUCCGGCCGUACCGUCCGAACUCUCUUCCGCGAGGGACGUGGUAUCAACUCCUCCAUCGCCGUCUUCCAAGAUGUUACCGGCAAGGCCAAGGAGAAGGCAAUUGCUCUCGGUGUCGGUGUUGGCAGUGGUUACCUCUACGAGACCACCUUCGAGAAGGAGGUCUACUCCGACUUGUACGGUGAGCGUGGUUGCUUGAUGGGCGGUAUCCACGGUAUGUUCCUUGCACAAUACGAGGUUCUCCGUGAGCAAGGCCACAGCCCCAGCGAGGCUUUCAACGAGACCGUCGAGGAGGCUACUCAAUCUUUGUACCCAUUGAUUGGCGCAAACGGCAUGGACUGGAUGUACGAGGCCUGCUCUACCACCGCCCGUCGUGGUGCCAUUGACUGGAGCGGAAAGUUCAAGGAUGCUUUGAAGCCAGUCUUCAAUGAUCUGUAUGACUCUGUGAAGACCGGAAAGGAGACCGAGCGAUCCCUUACUUUCAACUCCCAACCCGAUUACCGUGAGAAGUAUGAGGCAGAGAUGAAGGAGAUCCGUGAUUUGGAGAUCUGGAGAGCAGGAAAGGCCGUUCGCUCCCUCCGCCCCGAAAACCAGAAGUAA